AUGACAUCGAAUGAUUUCUUAGAAGAAACAACGAAAUUAACAAAAAUUCUUAUACAAUCGGCUACUGUUAAUUGUCAAAGUUCUACUGAUCGUAGUGAUCGCAGUGAACGCUAUAUCGCUCCAUUGAAAUGGAUACAAAACGCUUUUACGGUAUUUGAUGUUUUACAACGCUUUCCGGACUUGACUCACUUCAAAGAUCUAAAAGAAAAACAACUUGAUAAACAAAUACAAGAUGCUAUUCGAAAAUUAUUAGAAACCAAAUUAUCAUCAACAGAAAAACAAAAAUCAUUAAAUAGUUGUUCUGGUAAAACAAGAUCGCAAAUUGAUGAAAUAUUUCAAAUAUCUUUCGAUGAAAUACAUAAAGGAUGUGAAAAGCGUUUACAGACGAUUUUCGAAGAAUUAGGUCCAUCAGUUAUAAUUAGAGAACGAUCAACGCAAUUUUUAAAAACACAAGUAUAUGAAGCACGUAAUGCUUGGCGGGACGCUGCGUAUCGUGUUCAUGAUGAAAAUGAACUUAACUUAUUGGUACGUAAUGGUGAGCAAGAUCUUCGUAACUUGAUCGACAAAACAAUUAAAGAAGCUGCUGAAAACGGGACUGAAUUAACAGAAGAAAAAGCACGAAAAAUAUUCAAUGAUAUGUAUAAAAAAAAAAUUAAAAGCAUACAAGAGCAAUUUAAUGCAAAAAUACGUUUGCAAAAUGCGGUCAUUGCAGUCUAUAGUUUAUAUGAUAUAUAUGAAAAGGAAUGUUUACCAACGCUUGAAAAAAUUCUUGAUUAUUUGCCAAUAAUCGAAAAAAUAAGUAACGAUUACUCACCAAAUAGUCUAAUGCAUACUGACGCCAACAGUACAGAUGAUGAAGGUGAAAUCAAUGGCCAAAAAGUACGAAGAUCAAUUCCAUUUAGUGAUGCUAUUGAAAUCAUUAGAAAAGACUUAAGUAGCAUUACUCCUGAAACAAGUAUGAUCGAGACACAACAUUUCACCGCUAAUUUAAGUGCAUCGUAUACAGAAGAGAUUAUUGAUAAAAUGAAAUAUUUAAAAAAUAAAUGUCUUAAAGACAUCUAUUCUGAGGCGCUCCUUAAUAGUGACAGCAACAAAAACGGAGAUCAGUCAAACAAAAGUAACCGUAGUAUGGUCGUUAGAAUCAUACGAUACUUGAAACCAUCACGAAACGUCAAGAUUAUAGAUAAAAAUUUGACGGAUUAUCGUUAUACAAUUCAUGACCGUAUAUCAAACAGACCCAGCGAUGUAUUAGAUGUUUCCGCCUGCUUUAGAACAUUGUUUCAAAAUAUAGUUGAUGAAAUUCAAAUUCCUUCCAAAAGACAGGAACAAUAUUUUCACCCAAUAGAUCUACAGUUAAUACAAAAAAUUGUUGGCUGCGUGAAUUCAUUAAUCACACAAAUUGACAAUGAAUUAUCUUGGUUUAAUGUCGUAUUAUCAAAGCCAAUUAAAGCACGUUUUCACACAUGUAUUUUGAUAUUACUAACACGAAUAUAUUAUCAUGUACAGAAAAAUCAUUUUGAAGCACAGUUAUCUUUAUUGAAAAAAAAUAAAGAUAGUUUGUUAAAUAAUUUUAUAAUGAAGACUGUGCAUGGUGCAACACGUGAUAGUGAAUGCGCAAAAGAUUUAGCAAAUACAUUAUUAGAAACUAUCAAAGAACAAUUCAUAACGAAAGCACAUUUAUCAGUCCAAAAUACUAUUCAGAAAAAUUAUGGUAAAUUGAAUCGUGCAUUUUUAUUAGAUCUUUGUGACCAAAAAGUAAACCGAACAACAGACAAAGUUUGGAUAAGAAAAUAUAUCGAAAAACCACGAGUAGUAAUGGAAGAAGAGUUCGAAAAUGAUUGGGAUCGAACCGAACAGGCUGUUAAUGACGAAAUUAAAGGAGAAAAAUUCUCUCAGCAACAAAUUUUAUCUGCAUUUUUUACAUUAAUUCAGGAUAUUAGUGGCAAAAUUCAACAAACAUCGUUGGGGGACGACAUCCAUUUUAUAAGUGACGCUCUUCAAAGUUUUGGUGGUGAUGCCGAACAAAAUCGUGUAAAUAAAGGUAAAUGCAUGGCAGUCAUUUUGUAUUCUUAUAUCACCGGACAACAAAUACAAGGCGCAUAUACUUAUGGUACAUUGCAAUAUCAACUCAAUAACAAAGUUAUAAAUCUAUUUAGUGAUCUUUUAAAACCAAACGGCGAAUUAAUUACAUUAACAAGAAAAUUGAAAAACAAAUUUGAUCUUCUGACUUUGGUUAACUUUCCAUUAUUUUUAAGAGAGAUUUUAAAACAUAAAGAGUCUAUUGUGAAACUAUUUGCUUCUCAACCAUGCACACUAACCGAUAUCAACCCAAAAAUCAAAGCUGAAACGUUUAAAAAAGGUCAAGGUUGUUCAGAAGACUGUGAAUGUUGUGGUCGGCCAUGUGAUGUAGAUCAUACACUAUCUGGCACACCGAUUGGAAAAAAUGAUAAUUGUCAUCGAUGUGAUAAAGGUCAUCAAUAUCGUGCAUUCAGAGGUUUUAAAUAUGAAACCAACAGCACAAAACCGGAGGAUAAAUACGAACCAUCUUUGAUAGCCUGUGAAGAUGUCGAAGAAUAUCAAAUUAUACGUCACGAUCGAAGCGGUUUCGAAGGAUCAUGGUGCGAAUUCAAAACACGAUUCCCUGCUUGGUAUUUUGGUGACAACGCAAUAGAUAAAAAAUCAGUAAGUACCGAGCAAGCACGAAGCAGAUAUGAUAAAAUAUGGCGGUUAAUUGGACCAGAUUUAUGUGCCGAAAAUAAGUGGAAAUAUGUGGUGAUCAACAGCAAACCAAAAGUGGGUAAUGCCGAUACCACUCCAAACCAUUUCUUUUUUCUUGUUGAUGGUUCCGGAAGUAUGGGUAAUGAUAGUGAAUCAUCUCGUUGGGGUUCGCUGAAAAAAUCUGUUCUCAAAUUUGUUCAAAUACGACAGAUGCAUAUUGCUGAUCGAAUAACAAUUAUUUCGUUUGCAAGCACCGCUUCUAUUACAUGUGACAAUGAGCAAAUUAAAAAUGUAAAAGAUUUGAUACGUAUCAAUGGUGGAACGAGUUUUUCAGCUGCUAUUCAAGCAUUAAAUGAAGCAUUGAAUAAAAUGAAACAAAAAGGAUCAAGUUUAAAUAAUGUUAUUGCGUUUAUGAGUGAUGGCGAAGACGCUUAUCCGCAAGCACAGCUCGAAGGGCGAAAAAAAGAACAUGGCUCAACAAUAAAACAAUGGUUUACGAUCGCAGCUACUACUGAUACGAGAAUAUUACAACACAUGAAUAAUGCAAUGAAGGGAAAACUGAUCAAUGUAGGGACAGAUCUUAAUAUUGAAGGCGGACUAAUGAAAGCAUAUGUUGAAAUAGCUAACAUAACGUAA